AUGGAUGUUAAAAGUGCCUUCUUAAACGGAUAUAUCAAAGAAGAAGUCUAUGUUGAACAGCCGCCAGGUUUUGAAGAUUUUGAAAAUCCUAAUCAUGUUUACAAACUGAGAAAAGCCUUGUAUGGAUUGAAACAAGCUCCAAGAUCAUGGUAUAAGCGACUAAGUGAAUUUCUGGUUAGGAAAGGCUUCUCCAGAGGAAAAGUUAAUUCAACCCUGUUCAUAAAGAGUUCAAAUGAGGACAAAUUAUAUGUUCAAAUAUAUGUUGAUGAUAUAAUUUUUGGUUCAACUAAUCCUAUGUUGUGUAAAGAAUUUUCAAAGAUUAUGCAAGAGGAAUUCGAAAUGUCCAUGAUGGGAGAGUUAACAUACUUUCUUGGUCUACAAGUCAAGCAAACCAAAGACAAAAUAUUCAUCCAUCAAUCCAAAUACUGCAAUGACUUCCUGAAAAAGUUUAAAAUGUUGGACUACAAAGAUGCUGCAACUCCUAUGGCAACUAAUUGUUAUUUGGAUCUUGAUGAUAAUGGAAAGAAUGUUGAUCAGAAAAUUUAUCGAGGUAUGAUUGGUUCUCUAUUGUAUCAUACUGCCAAUAGACCUGACAUAAUGCAUAGUGUAUGUCUAUGUGCUAGGUUUCACUCUACUCCUAAAGAAUCACACUUAACUGCUGUAAAAAGAAUUUUGAAAUAUCUCAAAGGUACCAAAGGUCUAGGAUUGUGGUAUCCGAGUGGUACAAAUAUUUUUCUAACCAGUUACAGUAAUUCUGACUUUGGAGGUUGUAAACUUGAUAGAAAAAACACUAGUGGCACAUGUCAUUUACUUGGGUCUUCACUUAUUUCUUGGCAUUCAAAGAAACAAGCAUGUGUGGCUUUAUCUACCACAGAAGCUGAGUACAUAGCAGCUGGAAGCUGUUGUGCUCAAUCUCUUUGGAUAAAGAGUCAAUUAGAGGACUAUGUUGUAAACAUUGAUGACAUUCUAAUAUACUCGAAGAGUCGAGAAGAACAUGCUGGUCAUCUAAGGAUAGUGGUUGAGAUUCGAAGGGAACAUCAGUUGUUUGGAAAGCGGUCAAAGUGCGAGUUUUUGUUAGAUGAAGUACAAUUUCUUGGCCAUGUGAUUUUUGCUCAAGGAAUCUCACUUGAUCCAGCUAAGGUUGAGGCGGUGUUGAAAUGGGAGCGCUCUACAUAG